ACAAUACGUAAACAAAUGAAUUCAAAACUUUAAGAAAAGUAAAGGAGAUUUAAUAAAAGACGAAAAGCUCCAAUCAUUGGAGAAGUAUAAGAGGACUAUAUGGACCCACACCUUUCAAUGUGACCAUGGAUUUGUUAAUAUCAAUUUAUAAAUAUUUUAGGAAAAAGUUCGAUGAUAAUGUUGACGACUCUAGGAAUGUUACGGACACUGUGGAACAAACGAAUACGGCGGGCAAUCAAGACAAGGAAUAUUUCCAAAGUUACGCUGAUGUAGGAAUCCACGAGGAGAUGUUGAACGACGCAGUGAGAACAAACGCUUACAGAUAUGCCAUAUUGAAGAACUACGAAAAGAUCCGAGGGAAGGUGGUGGCAGAUGUGGGGGCGGGAACAGGGAUACUCAGUAUAUUCUGUGUACAGGCCGGCGCGAAAAAAGUGUAUGCCAUAGAAGGGAGCAGCCUUUCCACCCAGACACGACUGGUUGUUGCUGAAAAUAAAAUGUCAGACAGAAUAACUGUCAUACAGGGUAAAGCAGAGGAUGUCAGGUUACCAGAAAAAGUGGAUGUUAUAGUUAGUGAGUGGAUGGGCUAUUCCUUGCUCUAUGAGUCAAUGUUACCUUCAGUCCUUCAUAUCAGAGAUCAUUGGAUGAAAAAGGGUGGAUUAAUGCUUCCUUCCUCUGCUGUGCUAUAUAUAGCCCCGUUUUCCGACGAUGAGAUAACAGAAAAACUGGAGAUUUGGAGUGAAAUGAAGGACAGAUAUAAAGUAUCAAUGGACUGCAUGAAAAACUAUGCCAGGCAGUGCAUAUCACGUGGGGCACAUGUGCGUUGUGUUUCUCCAGAAGACAUUAUAUCCCAUGGUUACCCUUUAGUUACCUUUGACCUACAUAAAGUGUCCAUCUCAGACAUUUCUGAUAUUCAGAGAAAAUUUGAGCUGUCCUGUUUUGGGUCGUCAAUCUUCCAUGGGUUUGUGUUAUGGUUUACCGUCACAUUUCCAGAAAAUGUUGUCCUUUCCACUUCUCCUUAUUCACAAGAGACACACUGGGGACAGACCUUGUUCUAUAAUGACACAGAGAUAGAGGUGAAGCAGGACACAAGGAUUUGUGGGAAUCUAUCUAUAAAACCAAACAGAAAUAAGCCAAGAUUUCUGGAUGUACAUAUAAGUUACCAAGUGGACAAAGACGAUAUAAAACAGAAAUAUUACUAUAUGAGUGACAAUAUAACAUGAACAAGUGUGUUGGUGGAGAAAUAGUUUGUGGGCAUCCAUGCUAUGGAUACAAGUGUGGAAACCUCCUUAAAGGGUUCAAGUUUGAAUAUUCUCUCAAGGAAGAUAUUUUUGUAUUUUUGUUAAACCUUAUGCAAAGUAAUGGAGCAUACAAAAAUAUUAAUAAAUGAAAAUGGUCUAAA